AAUAAACCCCCUGCGUUAACCUUCAUAUUUGUUCAGGUUUAUGAUAUGAUACAUAAUAUUCAGACCCGGUCAAACCUCAUAAAAUGGGAAAAUCCAAUUAUAUGGCAAUAAGAACACACGAUAACAAGAAACUGUACGUUUAAAUCAUCGAGCCACCUAGCCGUGAUUAUUCAUUUUCUGACUUGUUAGAUUCUUUGUUUCCAAGUAAAUACUUAAAUGACAUACAAUGUCUGCGAGAAUUCUUAGAAACAAGACAAUAAGUCGUUUACUUGGAAAUGUAUUUUUAAAACAUCAUCCAUCAGUUGUUAACGUUAAUCAUGUAAUUGCAGCAAAUAAUUCCUCAAUGGCAGUAUGUGGUCAAGAAAAGCCUGUAACAAAAAACAUUGGAGUGGAUUUAGAAAAGUCUGGUUCAUCCGUUAAUGAAUUUGUCAAUAGAACGCACACGUGUGGGGAAUUAAAAGCUGAUGAUGUCGGACGAAUAGUCCGGCUUAAUGGGUGGAUGGAAUUUCAUCGAAUGGGAAAGUUCAUAAUAUUGAGAGAUGCUUAUGGCUCAACGCAACUUCUAAUACCUGAUAAUCGAGAGGAUCUCUCUGCAAUUAUACAGAAUUUAUCUUAUGAAAGCGUACUCAGCAUAAUUGGAACGGUUGCAGAAAGACCGGAGAAACAAAAGAAUAAAAAGAUGACAACGGGUGACAUCGAGGUCCUUGUAGAAUCAUUGGAAGUUAUAAAUCAAGCUUUGCCUCAACUUCCUGUAUCCCUAAGACAAUUUAAUAAGUCAAAAGAAGCGAUUCAGAUGCAAUACCGGUACAUAGCACUUCGAUAUCCAGAAGUGCAAAGAAAUUUGAGACUGAGGUCACAAGUCAUAAUGAGGAUGAGAGAAUACCUUAUUCACAGCAAUUUUGUGGAUAUCGAGACACCGACUCUCUUUGGUAGAACUCCUGGAGGAGCACAGGAGUUUGUAGUACCAACGCGGCAACCCGGGAAAUUUUAUUCUCUUACACAGAGUCCACAGCAAUUGAAACAAUUGUUAAUGAUAGGUGGAUUCGAUAAGUAUUUUCAAGUGGCGAGGUGUUACCGAGACGAAGGGAGCAGAUCCGACAGGCAACCUGAGUUUACACAGCUGGAUAUUGAAAUGUCAUUCGUCAAUCGUGAUGGAGUACUCAACAUGACAGAAAAUUUAUUACAACGAAGCUGGCCAGAAGAAUUAGGAUGCGCAGAAAUACCAUUUAAGAGAAUAACAUAUAAAGACUCAAUGGAACUGUAUGGAACUGACGCGCCUGAUUUGAGGAUACCAUUUGAGAUGAAAAAUGUUACAGACUUAAUCGAGCUCUCUGAUGAUCUGUCAGCGAAACUUGAUCCUAUCUCAAGGGAAACAUUUGGAGCAUACGCAAUAGUCUUUCCGAAUAAACAUGAGACCUUUACGAAUUCAUGCAAGCAGCAAUUUAGUGAAAUAUCAAGAUCUCUAUUCAAUGGUGUAAGAUUAUUGCAGAUAAAAGCGAUAGGAAGUUUAUGGACAUCGAAGUUGAGUGAAUUGUUUUCCCCUAAUUCUGUAGGAAAGCUUCAAGAAACAUUGAAAUUAAAAACCGGAGACGUCUUGUUUCUGGCAUUUGGUCGAAAAGUAGACGCAAAUGGAUUAAUUGGAAAGUUACGAGUAACCUUUACGAACAUCCUGGAGUCUAAAGGAAAGAAAAUAAGAUCUGAAGGAUACCAUUUUGCAUGGAUCGUAGACUUUCCCUUAUUCUCUAUUGCGGAAGCAACAGGAAAACUUGAAUCGACUCAUCAUCCUUUUACGCAGCCACAUCCUGACGACCUGCAUAACCUCGAAAAGGAUCCCUUAAACGUUCGCAGUCUGAGUUAUGAUCUCGUAUUGAAUGGCAGUGAGGUCGGUGGUGGAUCAAUUCGAAUUCACGACACAGAAUUGCAGACCAAAGUUCUCAGUAUGCUAAACAUCGAUGAGUCAAAGCUUUCGUACUUCCUCCAUGCUCUUUCGAGUGGUGCACCUCCCCAUGGUGGAAUAGCACUUGGCUUGGACCGUUACAUGUCAAUAUUAUGCGAUGCACCAAGUAUACGAGAUGUAAUUGCUUUCCCAAAAACUGUGGAAGGGCGCGACAUGAUGACAGAAGCGCCACAUUUAAUCUCCGACGAGGAAAAGGAAUUUUAUUAUAUAAAAACAUUAGAGAAAUAAACGAAAAACAUAAAUAAUUACGUCUUCCUGAUUGUAUGAAUUUCAUUCAUCUUAAGGGCUGUCGUGUAUGAGCUGUUGCAUGUGUAGUGUUAUGAAAAAAACGAAAAAAGAAGAAAGAAAGAAAAAUAGACACGUUCGAAAGGCUU